AUGAUUGGUAGUCUCUUAUAUUUAACCGCUAGCAGACCGGACAUCAUGUUUAGUGUAUGCUUAUGUGCUCGUUUUCAAUCUUGCCCUAAAGAAUCUCAUCUAUGUGCUGUUAAACGCAUCUUUCGCUAUUUAAGUUAUACUACAUUCUUAGGUCUUUGGUAUCCUAGACAUACAUCAUUUGAACUUGUUGGUUACUCGGAUGCUGACUUCGGAGGAUGCAAAGUUGAUAGAAAAAGCACUAGCGGGACUUGUCACUUCAUUGGACAAUCACUGGUUUCUUGGUCCUGUAAGAAACAAAACUCUGUUGCUCUAUCAACGGCGGAAGCCGAGUAUAUUGCAGCCGGUAGUUGUUGUGCUCAAGCGCUUUACAUUACGCAACAACUUGAGGACUUUGGAUUUCAUUUUGAUCAUGUUCCUAUAAUGUGUGAUAAUACAAGUGCAAUUUGUAUUUCAAAAAAUCCGAUUCAGCAUUCUAGGACAAAGCAUAUAGAAAUUAGGUACCACUUUCUUAGGGAUCAUGUCUCUAAGGGCGACAUUGAACUUAUGUUUGUCAAUACGGAGAAACAAUUAGCUGACAUUUUUACAAAACCACUCCAAGAAGAUAGGUUUUGCUUGCUUAGAAGGGAAAUUGGAAUGUGCUCAGAAGAAGAAAUACAGCAGUAA